AUGACAAUGUUGCAGUUGUCACUGAUAAGGAAGGAAAUUCAUAGGCAACUCGAAUUUUUGGUGCAAUCACGCAAGAGUUGGGACAGGUGA